AAUUCAAUGUUCCUUUAACAAUGACUUCUAAGACUUUCUUUCUAAUUGUUUUUCUGGGUUUUGCGGGAGUAUGCUAUACUGCAAAAGUUGCUCUUGUACCGAUGAGUCUAGGAAGUCAUAUUUUGUUUUUUGCCCGUUUUGGCGAGGCACUCGUGAAAGAGGGACACGAAGUUCACAUGAUAUUAUCAUCUACCGUAAAAAUUCCCGGAGGAGAUUCCACCUCAAAUAUAAUUUGGAAAAGAUUCGAAAUAAGCAAUCAUACGACAUCCUUAAAUUCUAAAAGAGCCUCUCAGGUACAUGUUAAUGUAGCAUUGGAUAAUUCAACUUUUGGGUUCAUUUGGUCUAUGCUACCAAUAGCUGAUUUAUAUAAGGAGGCUGUAGCGGGAGAAUGCGAGCAGUUAUUGAAUAAUUCACAAAAUUGGAAGAUUAUGGAAGAUGAACAUUAUGAUUUUAUUGUUUUGGAUUAUAUUUAUCCUGUUUGCCAUAUCGUUAUACCUUUUAAACUCAAUAUUCCUUUUGGAUUUCUUAGUAUACCAUCAUCAACAAUGAAUUUUAGAGUUCCGUCUUUGCCAUCAUUUGUUCCCUCCAGAGUACUUCCCACGGAUCUACCAAUGACUUUUAAGUAUAGAUUAAUGAACUUUCUAUUAGAAGGCUAUGCAAGACUGAUGGCAUCAUUCGUAUUCCCGUCUACAUAUCUAGAUAAAUAUUACGAAAAUACACGGGGAUUAACUGUAAUGAAUGCAAUGUCUGAGGCAUCAAUCUGGUUUUUUUUAGAAGAACAACUCGUUAAUACGCCUCAACCAAGGAUGCCAAAUACAGUUGAUGUUGGUGAAGUAGUCAUUCAAGAGAUUAAACCAUUAGAUAAAGAGUGGUCUUUGCGAAUAGAUAGUAUUAACCGUCCAAUAGUUAUUGUAUCGUUGGGUUCUUUCUGUAAUUUUAUACCCGAACAUUUAGAGGCGGAGUUUUGUAAAGCUUUCUCUGCAAUGAAACAGUUCUUUUUCAUAUGGAAAGUAGGCGAACUAGGUUUAUGCGAAGAAGAAAACGUUUAUACAUCAAAAUGGAUUCCCCAGAAAGAACUUUUGUCCAAUAAUAAAGUGAAAGUAUUCGUAACACACGCCGGAUUGAAUAGCAUUAUAGAAACAUCGUAUUACAGAGUCCCUGUAGCCAACGCUCCAAGUCAUGUCAUAUACUUUACGAAACUCUCUAAUGCUUUACAAAAAGAAGGUCAUGAAGCUCAUGUCUUGUUGUCCUCUAAUUCUGAAGUACCAGGGUUCGUUAAAGACUCCAAACAAACCCAAAUAAGAAUAUUCAACGUCAGUAAAGAGUCUAUAACUCUUAAUUCAGAAUACUCAUCUAAACUUCAUAUAGACAUUGCAUUUAGUAAAUCGCAACUGGAAGUCUUCAAAGGUUUGGGUAGACUUGUUAGUCUUCACGAGGAAGCGAUUGGAGCCGAAUGCGAGCAACUCUUGAACAAUACCGACAAUUGGAUGUCAGUUGAAAGAGAGCAGUACGAUUUCGCAAUUAUCGAUGUUCUCUAUCCUGCUUGUCAGCUAGCUAUACCGUUAAAACUGAAUAUUCCCUACGGAUUAUAUGGACUACCUAUAUUUAAUUUUUUGAUACGAGUUCCCUCUUUGCCUUCGUUCGUUCCAAAUAGGUUAUUGGCUCUCGAUUUACCUAUGACCUUUAGUCAAAGACUGAUCAAUUUUAUAUCUCAAAUGUUGCUUCAUUUCUUUUUCGUAUUCGGUCAGAAUGAACGAUAUUUUCGAAAGUACUUACCCACUAGACCAACGCUAGAUGUAUCGAACUCUUUUAUGAAUGCUUCGCUUUUCUUUUUCAUGGAAGAGCAAAUUCUAACAUUUUCACAACCAAGAAUGCCUAAUGCAGUUGAUGUAGGCGAUAUAAUUCCUCAAGAACCGAAACCUCUCGACGAAAAAUGGUCAAAAAUUGUUGAAUACAACUCAAAGCCCAUUAUCCUAGUUUCACUGGGAUCUUUUUGUAAUUUUAUCCCCAAGGCUAAGAAAGACGAAUUUUGCAAGGCGAUGUCUUUAAUGAAAGAAUAUUUCUUUAUAUGGAAAGUAGAAGAAUUAGGCGGUUGCAAAAAAGAAAAUAUCCACGAAACUAUGUGGUUUCCACAAAACGAUUUGUUAGCAAAUUCAAAAGUUAAGCUCUUUAUUACUCAUGCAGGACUCAAUAGUAUCAUGGAAGCUGUCUAUUUUGCAGUACCAAUUGUCAGUAUACCUGUAUUCGGCGAUCAGAUAAUGAAUGCUAAGGCUAGUGAAUCUAACAAUUAUGGUGAAACACUAUCGCUCAAAGAUUUUGUAGCAGAAGAUCUCGUAUCAUCUAUAAAGAAAGUAAUAAACAACAAUUCCUACAAGCAAAACGCUCAAAAGCUAUCUGAAAUGUAUAGGUUGAAGAGAGCACAUUCCAUUAGUAUAAAAAGAGCAUCCUAUCUCAUAGAUCAUAUCGUAAAGCAUGGCGAUGAAAAAUUAAAAUCUUCAGCAAUCCACCUAAAUAUAUUCCAAUUCCUUAUGUUGGAUAUUUACCUUUUUUUAACAUUGGCUGCUCUGUUUACAAUAAUUCUCCUGUUUGGUGUUUCUACUCGUUGCUAUAGAUUAUUUUCUAAACGGUCUAAUAAAAUAAAAGAGGAUUAA